CUUUUCAAAAAGUGUACCUGUCGCAAAUCUCGUACACAAUGGAAAGGUACGGACUCCGAUUAUUCCUAUUGUUUAGUUUGUUUAAAAAUGUUUCAGGGGUGACUAUUAUUAUCCCCGCUGUAAUCGAAAUUGGACAUCAGGUAAUGGACAUAUUGGACUUGGGAAGGAAUAUUUUGGAGUUCUUUGAUGAAGUUGAGGAAGACAAAGAUGAUGCAGACAUUGAACUGUUAGUUGUCCAGAUCAAAGACAGAAUUGACUCCGCCACCACUGACAUAAUGACUAAUGUUCUAGCUCAAUCUAAACUUGAUAAGAUUGACGAUGCAGUCAUAACGAUACAUAGUUUACUUAUUGACUUGGACAACAUUUUGCAUGCACAGACAUCCGAAGAUCAGAAACGUCUUGAGAAAACAUUUGUUUCGCGUUUUGAGCAACAAAAUGCUGUGAUGCAUAUUCGAUUCCUUCCGGAGCUUCUUCAGUAUCGGAUUCCAGGAUCGUCUGGUAUCCUUAAAGAUCUUUAUACAGAAAUAGUUCGAUGCAAUAUGUCCGCGCUCUUAGAGUUCAAACGGUUUUAUCUUGAACUUGUAUCAGAUGGCGUUGCACUGCAGUUUCUACAUAUACAUUUAACAUCAUCACCCUCGCUAAAUUCAACCAUAGAACAAUGGCAAAUUGGUCACGAAAAAAUGAAUAAAACCUUUUACGAUAUGGAGUCAGGGUGCAUAAAUAAUUUUGCAAAAUACGCAAACGAAGAUGUACAUACUGCCGAUGAUGCACGCACAUUGUGGAAGAACAAUAAAGAACGAUAUCCUUGGAAACGUAAUGAUGUUCUUUUUAUGAAACCGUAUGGGACCUUUCAGUUUCUAUACAUAAAACAUUUUGGAGAUUAUCUAUUUAGACAUAAAGCAAAUAGAAACAAAAUAGUUAUCUUUACGGACAAAAGCGAUAACACUACUUCUCAAACUGAUCUAACUUCGGCAAAGGAAGCUAUAAAAUCUGCAAUAGGUAGCCCAUGGGAUCAAAAUGCAGCAAAAAACGUUGGAUUGGCAGUUGAAAAACGACUUGUUGACGAUGGUUACUUUAUCAGAGCGCUUGUUGUGUUCUUCGAUGGGGGAGAAUUUGCAUCAGAGAUACUUUUAUUUGAUGAAGAUUCACCCGUCAUGUAUUUAGAGAUAAGUCAUGUCCAGUUGUCAUUUUGUGAAGACAGCAGUCUGAAAUGCGCCGUAGAUGUUAUUAACUGGUUCGGAGGAAGGAAAGAUGUGCACGGCUCGAUGAAAAUUUGUGCAUACGUAAUGAAACAAGACAAUUCAACCUUUCCGUUUGACGAAAUUAAGCACGUAACAGAUACUGGUUUAGUACAUGUGCCUGGAUCUUUGACAUUUUUGGGGGCCAUUGUUUCAUUUGUCACUACUGUUGUUAAUUUUAUAUACUGAUCUCUUUCGGAGUUUGACAUAUACAGUCAAACCUUAACUAAUGACCAAAUCUGAUUAGAGACCACUUGACCCUUACGGCCGUUAGUUUUGUUUCUUAUUUUAACAUUUACAGUCUAUUUUCGCUUGUGAAAAGGACCAUUUGCUAGUAAUCGCUAGUGUCUCUUUCAAACAGUAGACUUUAUAAAUAGGAUUAAAUGUAUAUUUGAACUGUUUUUCAACUAUAAUGGAUGUUCAAUUUUGAAUAUUUACUUUAUUCAUUGCAUUUACAAAGCAUUACUGUAACUGUUUGCAAAACAAUGAAGUAAAGGUGGACUCUAAAAAACUGAUUUUAAGUAUAUUCUACCGAUAUUUUUAGUGAAAAAGUCAAGAAAACGUAUUUAAACUUCAACACCUACAGAAUGAAACGAACAAUAAAUUACAGGCCGAUAAAUGCCUUAAGAAAGAGUGUUCUUCCUAUAUGCACGAUAUAUUUUAACUGACGGUCUAUGUUUUUACCCUAGGUUUCUACACUAGUCUAAACGAUCGCGAAAUUACGCGUAAUUUGAUUGAACAAAACUGACAACGUCUUUUCUAAUCUCUCACCUGUUCUCAGGCUUUUAUGCUACAAAAUUUCGACAGAUUUGAAUGAAAUUCGGAUACAAUGUUUUAUUUUUAUUUUAACAUGAUAAAACAUAAAAGCGAUAAUAAUCAAGUCAUUUUAAAGUUAAAUAAGGAUAACUAAAAAUUCACAGUCACAUAAUUAGCAAGUUCCACAUGAAAGCAGUACAACUUAAACCCAUCUGUUAAAUUCAGACUAUAAUAAUUACUGUUUAGUUAAAACAGCCGUCAAUAUUCUCAAUAUCAGAGUGUAGAUUUCACGUAUGACAGUAGUUUAGAAAGUAAGGUUAUAUAAACAGGAUGACCUCGCUUGACCCCUUGCCCCUCUUUUAAAAAAUCCAAUGCCGGACAAUUCAAAAAAACACUUUUGUUUUUUUAUUGAACGUAAGUGGACUAAAGCGUCCCCAGAAGUUUUUAGAUUAAAAUAAAGUACUGAAAAAUAUAUACAUGUAUUUAACUUUAAAAAAUAUAUAUUUAACUUUAAAAAAUAUCUUAAAACCGAUAUUAACUUUACACACUAUCAUUAAUUCUCUCUAGUGAGAAAUCAAUAACCGUCCGCGUCAUUUUUGCCAGCGUGGCAAUUCUCCCCGGCGAGAAUUAUUAUCUCUAGUGAGAAAUCAAUAACCGCCCGCGUCAUUUUUGCCAGCGUGGAACUUAACUGUCAUUUUUGCCAGCGUGGCAAUUCUCACCGCGAGAAUUAUUCUCACUGGUGAGAAUUAAUGUUCCUGAUUUUAGUUACUAUAUAAGUUAAGCCGUGUUGAGUUUUGUCCCUUUGAUCAAAUAAAAAAAGUUUUUCCGAAUUAAUCAUGUGCAGGAUUGUUUUACAAUUUCUGCAGGAUAUCAAUGUUAGUCAAUGAAACAUGAAAUAGGAAGUGAUUGUUUGUUCAUUAUGUUUACAUUGUUUACUCUCAGUGUUUUAUACAAUAAAUCAUAAAUG